AUGGACAUUCCUCACCGCGGUGCAAGGCCGCUGGCCCUACCCGAGAUCUGCGUCCAUGACUCGAACCCGUCGGAUCGAUUUCGAGGUCCGAGCAGGACCACUUCAAUCUCGUCGCCUUCGACCUCCUCCGGGCCAAUGUCAAUACCGAAUGCCAGGGACCCCGUCCCUCCUCCACUGCCACCGCCAAAGUACCUGGCGGACAUUGCGGAUGGUGGAAACAAUGGCCCAGAUAUUGCGUGGCAAUGGGGCAACUCCCGCAUGGAUGCCGAAUGGGGGACGUCUUCUGUGACGCCCGGCUCGAGUUUAUAUGGGAGUUUCGCGAGGAGGAAGAGCGGGGUGUGCGAGCGACCAGAAGCUGCGCGUCGCGCCAGUUCUACCUCGACAAUCAAACCAAUUCCACAUGUGGAGAACCGGGAAAAUCCCUUCCCCAGAAUAGAUGAAGGAUACGCAAGUCUCUCGGGCACCAGCAUGGACUCGUACAGGUCGAAAUAUCCUGACCCGUCGCCAGUGAGGUCCGGUUUCCAAAGCUCCGUCCACGACCAGUAUCGAAGUAAUGCGCAGGCAUACGACAAAUCAUUGUUGCAGAAGUUGGAUGCUCGAAGGGGAAGUGACAAUAUCACCCCGCCGCGAAAAUUCUCGACCUCGGCUUUCAGCUCUUCUGCAAAUGAGACUUCUCCAACAUCACGGAUAGCCUUGGAGCAACGACCUCCUGUUCAACUGAAGCCAUUGUCUCUGCCAAUUACCACAGGGAGGCAAGGCGUAGCAGAAAGUCCACUGGCAAGGUGGACAGAGACCUCAUCAGCUGUUUCUCCUGGGUAUCCAUAUCCUAGAUUUCCAGGGCAUGAUUUCAGGUCGCCAAGUGAUGCAGCAGAUCUUGACAGGUCAUCCUACGGCGGGCGAUCCGGUAGCAUUUCAGUAAUGAGUGUGGGAGAUGAUUCAUGUAGUAUCACAAGCCGGUCUAGAGACGGUUAUGACCGGAGAGUUUCCCCGGAUAAUGAUGUCGAUUUUCAGAUGGAGGAGGCGGGACUUAGACGUCUUCAUAUUGAAGACUAUACUGGUCGAAAUGACCCAUACUCACCAGGUGCUACAGCAGGCCAGAAGAGACGAGCUUCAUCACCGCCAGUGGAUGGUGGUCCCUCGUUGCACACUGUGGGCAGCUCUAGUGAUCUUUACCGAAGGCGAGAGUCUGUAUCGCGGACUUCACCAAGUCCUCGGUUUCAUUCUCUCUCCGGAUCAAUAUCCUCUACGACAUCGGGUCCUAGAAGCAACUCGUAUGCCUCUACGCUAUCAAUUGGAGGGAGUAGUAUGACUAGUAUGAGCUCUUACGGUCGCCUAUCUCCUGGAGGUAUCUCUCCUGUUCGUACGGACAGUAGCGACUCGCCCUAUGCCACGUCUCUAUCCAUGAACCCCAGCCCCCGAGGGUCUCUCUCGAGACCGAGUCAUAACCAAACAUUACCUGAUAGCAGAUCUCUCAUGACUUCACGGAGGUUAUCAGACAGUAUGGCCCAUUCAAAGCAAAGCACCGGUCCUAAGAUUCAAGGUGUAUUCAUCUGCGAAUGCUGUCCCAAAAAGCCUAAGAAAUUCGACACCCAAGAAGAACUAAAUGCCCACGAGCAAGAGAAGCAAUACGAAUGCGCUUAUUGUCGAAAUCGAUUCAAGAACAAGAACGAAGCUGAGCGCCAUCAAAACUCUCUUCACCUCCGCCGCCACUCUUGGUCGUGCGCCGCGCUAUCGGGCUAUGCAGCAGCUUUCCAUAACUCUCCAAACCGGCCCAACGAAGCGGAUUCCUGUGGGUAUUGCGGUGAAGAUUUCCCCCGAACUGGUAUCUCUUCGCCUUCUCCUGACGGACCCAAAGUCGCGGUAGCAACGGAGCAAGAUUGGGAGGUGCGGAUAAUGCAUCUGCAGGAGAUGCAUAAGUUCAGGGAGUGCAACCAUGCGAAGAAGUUUUUCAGGGCAGAUCACUUCAGGCAGCAUCUGAAACAUAGUCAUGCAGGCACCAGCGGCAAGUGGACAAAUAUGCUAGAGAACGCGUGUAUGAAGGAUGAGCCGCUCCCAGAGCCGAUAAGGGGCCACGAGAGGGUAAAACCCGGGGGUGCGCGGGUUGCGAGGAUCAAUGAGGAAGAGGAAGUUUCGUGA